AUGUCAACAGCUAGAAGAACAGAUGAAGGUCACGACGAACCGGUCGAUGGCUCGUCGAGGAUACCAGCUGCAACACCAAGCUCCUAUGAUCAUGGCAUAGAUCGCGGGAGUCCGAUCGCCGAGUCAGAGUUCGGAGGUAGACAGAGGUCGCCGUCGUACUCAAUUCGAAUCCGCCAAGCCGGGGGUCCAAACAGUAUAGACAACUUCGCACGGUCAUGGCAGAGAGCCGCGGCCUUCCCAGAAGUCAUACCACGCCGGUCGUCGUUUAUCUCCACGUACUCGGACGAUGAAUUCGGCAUUGCCACCGGCCAAGAAUAUGGGUCAAGAAGUUCUCCAUCCUGGGGUCAGCACUCGGAUGUGGACCGGCCUCUGCUUCGGGGGGACUCGGACUCGGACCAGGAUGAUGAGGGUGCACAAGCGCCUGAGUCUUCCAAGAGGGCAUUACCUAGUACUGGGCUGCUUGCUUCAUCGUUUGAUAGAAGUUUUGCGGCCUCGUAUGGCACCGUCUCCUCACGGAUGAGCGCGUCGACACGGAGGAAUGCGAUUCAAUUCCACCGAGAGCUCCAUCCCCAAGCGCAUGUGGAUGGUUCUGGAGAUUUGGACCGAGGCCCAUUGCUUGUCAAGCAUGUCCAACACGAAGAUGGGACCCAGGAGGAUAUUAUCGUCGGGCAAUCAACUGUUCCCCAGACUAUCUUCAACUCAGUUAAUGUGCUAAUCGGUAUCGGUCUGCUGAGUCUUCCAUUGGCGAUGAAGCAUGCCGGGUGGAUUUUGGGAUUGAGUUUCCUUGUCUUCUCGGCAGUUGCUACGUCCUAUACAGCCAAGAUUCUGGCAAAAUGUCUGGAUGUCGACCAGAGCGUUCUCACGUAUGCUGAUCUGGCUUAUAUCAGUUUCGGGCAACAUGCCCGUUUGGUAACCAGUUUUCUGUUCUGCUUGGAACUUCUAGGAGCGUGCGUGGCGCUGGUUGUGCUUUUCGCAGACAGUUUAUAUGCCCUGGUACCAGGGCUGAGCAUCCUCCAAUGGAAGAUCGUCUGUGGAGUUGUGCUUGUACCGCUCAACUUCCUGCCCCUACGAUUCCUGAGUAUUACCAGCAUAUUGGGUAUAAUUUCGUGCACAUCAAUCGUGGCACUCAUUUGCAUCGAUGGCCUUAUCAAGCCAGAUGCACCCGGCUCAUUGCGGCAGCCAUCUAAUACAUUCCUCUUCCCCGAGAAUUGGGCUACGCUCCCUCUGAGUUUUGGUCUAAUUAUGUCACCAUGGGGUGGCCACGGUGUCUUCCCUAACAUUUACAGAGAUAUGAGGCACCCUCAGAAAUACGGGAAGAGUCUUUCAGUGACCUAUAUUUUCACAUUUGCUUUGGACUGCUCAAUGGCGAUCAUUGGUUGGCUCAUGUUUGGCGAUAUUGUCCGCGACGAAAUCACUGCGAACAUUCUCACCAUCACUGACUACCCGCAGUCCAUAUCCGUCUGCAUUGUAGUCUUCAUUGCAAUCAUCCCGCUCACGAAAGUGCCACUGAAUGCCCGCCCUCUUGUGGCCACAUUUGAAGUUCUUUGUGGACUGGGAGGCAGCCAUGUGCCUCCUGAAAAUGGCCCGGAUACACUACAAACAAUCGCACGGGCAAUGGUCCGCAUUUUUGUAGUGGCCGUGAUUGUUACUUUGGCGGUUAUCUUCCCGGCUUUCGACCGUAUCAUGGCUUUCCUGGGAUCGUUCUUGUGCUUCACGAUCUGUAUCAUCUUCCCUCUUGCAUUUUAUCUCAAGAUCUUUGGAAAGGAGAUCAGUCGAGGCGAGUACAUCCUGGAUUGGAUUCUGCUCAUCUUCUCCUCGAUACUGGCAGCUGUGGGGACCAUCUGGGCCUUCUUGCCACAAGACAUGCUCUCUGCAAACUAG